AUGGUCGCAGUGCGAAACUAUGAGGAUGUGUUGAUGAAUUUGGUGGUGGUGGAGGAGACACGGCUGGAUCCAUUGUUGGUGGGGGCGACGAGACUGAGGGAUUACGGGGACGCGAGGAACGAGUUGGAGGAAGAGGUAAGGAUGGGGUUGAGUAGUAGGAAAGGGGAGCAUAGGAAGAGAAGAGGAUGGUGCAUUGGGGAGUUUUGUAGGGUCUUGGCGAGAAUGCCUUUGAGGUAUAGCUAUGGCAAGUUCGUUGAUGAUAUUGGGGAACAUGGCUUGUUUUACAAAGGUGGCAAGAUUGUCUUCUGUGAUCAAUCAUGA